AUGGCCUGUAUGGUGCGAGGAGAGCCGAAGAAAGUUCUAAACACUGGAUUGAAAUCUGUACGUGAGAAGAUGGAUGCCGUCGCAGCGAACACAAGAGCCCAGGUUGAUCGAGAAAAGCGAGCAAAAGAAGCUCUCGCUGAAGCGAAUUUAAGAGAAGAGCGUGCUUUGAGUAAGAAGAGAAAAAUACUGGAUGAGAUAUCAAAGGCAGAACAAGAUAUGGAGAAAAUCGAAACGCAAGUCAGUUACUGUAAGGAACGAUUGUAUUUUGCCAAUCAGAGAUACGACGAGAACGCGUACAUGAAGGUAUUUUUAGAGAAGAAUAAAGUUGAUGUGGGUUCGAUGGAGUGUUCCGUUGAACAGUAUCGAGAGAAAACUAAGUCGACUGUCCAGGCUAUUGCUAAAAUGCAAAAGACCAUUGAAAACAAAGAGAGGGAGAUUCUGGCACAAGAAAAGCGGGAGUUGACAGCUAGAGAUCGAAUGAGUAGGAUUCAAGAAAAACUUAGGGCAGUGGAGAGAGCAGGCCAGGGAUUUUCACAGAAUUAUACGCCAAUAAAUGAGAAACAGUAUUUGAAAAUAUUGGAGGAAAUGAAAGAAAAGAUCUCCAAGGCUGUUGUCCGGCGAAAGAAGGCUGAAAAGAAAGCAGACGCUUUGGAAAAAGAUAUUGUGGAAAAAGAAAAACAAAUAGCGGUGGUCAAAAAACGAAAUGCCGAACUCACGCAGACCACUAAUGAACUCAGGGGAUCUCGAGUAUGA